UUUCUGUCAACUCUCUAUGACUGUGUCAGGAAAAUAAAUAAUAUAUUAACUUUUGUUAUUUCCAGAAAAGAAAAAAAAAAAAAAAAAACUAUGGUGCCACGUUAAUGAAAAGAAAGGAUUUAAGAGGUUAUGGGUUAGGUUUGCAAGCUGGAUGUGAAUAUGAAUUUGCCACUUAUCUUCAAUUGAAAAGCGUACGACAAAAUUAAUUAAUGUCGCAACCACAGCACCAAUAACUAAAGACUCUCACUGCCUUUCUCUUCUUCUUCCCCUUUCUCUCUAUAUCUCUCUCUUUUUCCUUUCGUUUUCUCUCUACAGACAGAAAAGAAAUCAAAGAAAGUUCGUCCUUCUUUCUUUUGCAAUAUAUCAUUGUUCUUCAGUUUUCUUUUACCACAAACAAACACAUAAACCAAUCUUUUGCUUUUUCUCUUAUCAAUCUUUUUUUCUUUCCUAUUUUGGUGGAAGAAUCUUCUGCUCAGUACUUCAAUAUAUAUAUAUAUAUAUAUAUACACCUCCCUCUCUCUCUUUUAAGCUAAAGCAAUAGAGGGAUAAUAAGAUAGGAAAUGGAGGGAGAGAUCGCAGAAAAGCUCUUGAAGAAAGCAGAGAAAGAUCAAAAUCAAGAGGUUGAGCAAGUGAAAUUCAAGGACAAACUAUGGACAGAAACAAAGAAGAUGUGGGUUGUUGCUGGUCCUGCAAUUUUCACUAGAUUUUCUACUUUUGGUAUUAAUGUUAUCAGUCAAGCAUUCAUUGGUCACAUUGGCGCUACAGAAUUGGCUGCAUAUUCCCUUGUCUUCACUGUUCUUUUGCGUUUUGCUAAUGGCAUCCUGCUGGGGAUGGCUAGCGCAUUGGAAACUCUAUGCGGGCAAUCAUAUGGUGCAAAACAGUAUCACAUGCUUGGAGUAUAUCUCCAAAGAUCUUGGAUAGUUUUAGUAGCGUGCACGAUGUUCCUUCUUCCUUUGUUCAUCUUUACAGCUCCGAUACUGAGAGCUUUAGGCCAAGAUGCAGCCAUUGCAGAAGUUGCACAAAGCAUUUCUCUCUGGCUAAUUCCUGUCAUGUUUUCCUUCAUUUUAUCUUUCACUUGCCAGAUGUUUCUGCAAGCACAGAGCAAGAACAUGAUCAUUGCCUACUUGGCAGCUUUUUCGCUCACAAUUCAUGUCACCCUUUCAUGGCUACUAACCGUAAAGUACAAAUUUGGAAUUCCAGGAGCAAUGGCCUCUACAAUCCUGGCUUAUUGGAUCCCGAAUUUGGGCCAGCUUAUGUUUGUUACUUGUGGAGGUUGUAGCGAAACAUGGAAAGGCUUCUCGUUUUUAGCUUUUAAAGAUCUCCUACCUGUCGUCAAGCUUUCUUUGUCAUCUGGUGCUAUGCUUUGCCUUGAACUUUGGUACAACACCGUGCUGGUUCUUUUAACAGGAAACAUGGCAAAUGCUGAGGUCUCUAUUGAUGCUCUUGCUAUCUGCCUCAACAUCAAUGGAUGGGAAAUGAUGAUAUCUCUCGGUUUCUUGGCAGCUGCAAGUGUUAGAGUGUCGAAUGAGCUUGGAAGAGGAAGCUCAAAAACUGCAAAAUUCUCGAUUGUGAUAACAGUUUUGACAUCAUUUGCUAUCGGCUUUGCGCUAUUUGUGCUUUUUCUAUUCCUCAGAGGACAACUCGCUUACAUUUUCACCGACAGUCGGAAGGUGGCUAAAGCAGUAGCAGAACUUUCACCUCUUCUGGCUUUCUCCAUACUUAUGAACAGCAUACAGCCAGUGCUUUCAGGCGUUGCAAUUGGAGCAGGAUGGCAGAGCAUUGUAGCAUAUGUUAACAUAGCCUGUUACUACCUAAUUGGAAUUCCAGUUGGAAUUAUGCUUGGUUAUGUAUUCGAUAUGCAAGUCAAGGGUGUUUGGAUUGGUAUGUUGUUUGGAACAUUUACACAAACCAUUGUUCUAAUUAUAAUCACCUAUAAAACUGACUGGGAAAAGCAGGUAUCUCUAGCUCGGAAUCGGAUUAACAAGUGGUAUGUUAGAGAUUCUGAUCAGAGCACACAAGAUGUGUGAUUUCAAGCUUCUUUGUUUAUCAUUUUUGUUUCGUAUUCCUUUAUGACAAAAUUGUGGACUUCUAGCACUAAUCAAAUAGGUAAUUCAAAUUAUUGCUGUUGCCAUGGGUAGAAGUCACUGGUCAGUGGAUCAAUCUUGAGACUGUAUUUUGGUGAGAAGUAUAUAAAUGUCAAUACCUUUUAUUAA